UGUGUUGAUUAAAAUAAUUAAUGAAAACAUUUAAUAAUUAUUUAAAACGUGUUUUUGUUUUAUUGAUUUGUUUUGUUUGAAUUGCAAUUAAAAUCAACAAUAAUAUGGAUUCAAACAAAUCGGUCGACAAUUAUAUGAAUGUAUUCAACGAAUCGAUCGAUAAAUUCAAUGAAUUUUGCGCUCAAAACGACUCGUUUUUAACAAAGGAUUCACAAAAAUCGCAACAAUUUAUUGAUUUAACGAAAGUAUUGUUUGAUUUAAACAAACGUCUGCUGAAAGACAAUCACUUGAAGACUCGUGAGUUGAAUGUCAAGCAAUCGUUGGAUCAGUUGUUCACCAAAGACUUCGACAGCGAACAGAUUUGGCAACAAAUUGAACUUCAAAAUGAACCGAUACUUAAUCGACUGGUCAAACAAGUGGCUAAAGUGACGGUCAGUUCCCGAACCGGUGGACUGACAUUCUUUGUCGACACACAGACUGAUGAUAAGCCAAUUGAUGUCAAUGUCAACAAUGGUACUAAUGAUGAAAGCUUUGAUGCAAUUGUCGACGAUAAGCAUUUGUUUACCGAUGAAUCUGAUGACGAAUCAGAUAAAAAUGAAGUUUCCGAUGAGGAUAACGAUGCGACAGCUAUUGACAAUCACAAGUCAACUAUAGUUGCGAAGAAAUCGGCGCCAAAGUCUAUAGUCGACGACAAGUUCUUUAAGUUAUAUGAAUUGGAAGAGUUCUUAAAUAAAGAAGAUAUGAAAGAGAGUCUAAAAGAUAACAAUAAUAAGGAAGUGAUGAGUGAAGAGGAGAACAGUGAUGACGAAGAUAUCGAUUAUUUCAAUGAUUCAGAUAAUGAAAAGGAAGAAGAAGAACUUGGAGGCAAAGAUGCGAUGUUUUCUGACUUUUUUGAUGCACCACUUAAUGACAAAAAAGAUGAAAACAGUAGAGAACAUGAUAUGGAUGAAGAAGAAGAAGAUAACGAAGACGAAGAAAUGAGUGGUGAAGAGUUUGAUACUCGAGAUAUUGAUCCGAAAGAUCUUAAAGCUUUUAAUGAUAAACCAGUGGAUAUAACUCUUGAUGAAAGUGAUAGCAGCGAUGGUGAAGAUCAACCGUACAAACAAAACAAUGAAAAUGAUAGUAAAUCAGAAUUUGAGAGAUUUCAACAAUCUUUAAGUGAUAAGAUUGACAAACAUCAGAGAAUAAAUAUGAUGGAAAAGUCGUGGCAAAUGAAGGGAGAAAUCUCAGCCGACAAACGUCCAGAAAAUAGUUUACUUGAAGAACAUUUACAUUUCGAUCAAACAACAAGACCUAUGCCAUUGAUAACUGAAGAGACGACCACUAAAUUAGAAGAUAUUGUAAAACAACGAAUCAAAGACAAUGCUUUUGAUGAUGUUAUGCGCAAAACGAAACCAAAACAGACACCAUUUGAAUACCGACGAAGAAUAACAAUGGAAUCUGAAAAAAGUAAACAGAGUUUAUCUCAAGUAUAUGAAAACGAGUACUUAAAGCAAACUCAAAAAGAUAAAGAAGAACAAGAAAAUCCUGAUCACAAAGAAAUAAGGAAAUGGAUGCGAAACCUCUUCGUUAAAUUGGACGCACUCUCUAACUUCCACUUCACUCCACGUCCCGUUAAGCCGGAGGUGAAAAUUAUUAACAAUUUGCCGGCCAUUACUGUUGAAGAGCCGACACCAAUAACCGUCAGUGAAGUCUCUCUAUUAGCGCCACAAGAAGUAUUCAAUAAUCAGAAACGGGAAUUGCAGUCAAAAGAUGAGAAGUCUGUAACAGACAGAAAACGUGACCGAAGACACAAAAAGACUACUCAACACAAAAAAGCUAAAUAUAAUGAAAGCAAACAAAAUGGACUCAAAAGUACAUCAAAAGUGAAGAUAAGUGAUAAAUCUGAAGACAGUAAAGCAUUGAGUUCUUCAAAAAAGUUUUUCGAGAGAUUACAGGAAAAGACAAACAAACAAAUCAACAAUAAAAUGAAUUUCGAGAAAAAUAAAUCUAAAAAUAUUAUC